UCUAAAAGGAUUAAAUCAGUCAUCAUGGAAGAUGGCAACGUGUCCUCUAACUGCUCCAUCAGCAUGUUCAAACACAGAGUCUACCCACCCAUAUACCUCGUCAUCUUCCUCCUCGGCCUCACCUUCAACCUCAUCUCCCUCUGCUUCUUCGUCAGUGUCUGGAGGAGUAAGAAAAGGUUUACUCCUGUCAACCUGUACAUGGUCAACCUGCUGGUGUCAGACUUGAUGCUGGUGUGCUCCCUGCCACUCCGGGCCUUCUACUACUUCAUGGAAUCUAGCUGGGUGUUUGGAGACAUCGCCUGUCGAGUUAUGUCCUACAUCUUCUACAUCAACAUGUACGGGAGCAUCUACUUCCUCAUGGUGCUGAGUGUGGUUCGUUUUGUGGCAAUCACCCAGCCGUACAGGUAUAUGAGCAUGCAGAAUAGCCGUAAUUCCUGGCUGGUGUGUAUUUUAGUCUGGCUGCUGGUGUCGCUAGCCUCCAUCCCUAUGCUCACUUCAGGGACCGUCAUAGAUGCUUCUGGUAGAACCAGGUGCUUGGAGCUUAAUCCAGAAUACAAACUCACUCACAUCCGCACGCUGAUCAUAGCUAACCAUGCCACCUUACUUCUGGGCUUCAUUGUGCCCUUUGCAGUGAUCUCUAUCUGUUAUAUAUUUGUGGUGCGUAGCCUGCUGAAGCUGAGGAAGUUUGAAGGAAGGACGAAACCCCACUUCAAGAAGUCCAUGUCCCUAGUUGUAAUAGUCCUUAGCAUCUUCCUGGUGUGUUUCCUGCCCUACCACGUCAUGCGGACUGUCUUCCUGGAAGCUGAGAUGCAGGUGAGGGAUAAAGGGUAUGGAGAUUCCUGUAGGUACAUAGAGCGUGUACGCCAAGCAGCUGUGAUCACUCUGUGUCUCGCAGCGGGGAACAGCUGCUUGGACCCACUCCUUUAUUUCUUCGUUGGAGAGAACUUCAGGGUUUUCUGUCAGGGUGCUUACAAGGAGAUGGAGGCAAAGUCAUUGGCUAAGAUGGAGGGAAAGAGGAAGGUUCCGACGACAGAGCUACAGGAAGGAACACGUCCGACGACAGAGCUACAGGAAGGGACACGUCCGACGACAGAGCUACAGGAAGGGACACGUCCGACGACAGAGCUACAGGAAGGGACACGUCCGACGACAGAGCUACAGGAAGGGACACGUCCGACGACAGAGCUACAGGAAGGGACACGUACGAAGACAGAGCUACAGGAAGGGACACUUACGACGACAGAGCUACAGGAAGGGACACGUCCGACGACAGAGCUACAGGAAGGGACACGUCCGACGACAGAGCUACAGGAACUAAACACUCCAAACAGCUACAGAUCUGAUAGUUAGCCCGGGACAGGUUGUACGUGAAAUAUGACUAUAUUUGAUGGCUUUGAGAAGAAACUCGAGAGAUGGUUAUUUUCUUUUUCCAUAAAAGACACUGCUGACAACCCAAGAAGGGAAUAUACAGGUAUAUCAAUACAAAUUAUGUGUCCCACUGUGUAUGUAUCCAGUCCCCUCCUCAUGAAUUGUUUUAUCUAAUUGUUGUAGGCCUAACAGGUUUACUAUCAGAAUAUUCUGUGACUUGUCCAAGCCUGAACCGUUGCAAUAUACAGGUUAAUAUGUACCUUAGUCGUGUUCAAACAGCAACUUCUGGAGAAAUCAGACACACCCACCAUUGGCAGGGUACAGACCGACAGGAUUGGACAGCUCUGUAGGUUCUGAAUGGAAAGCACCAAUCAGCAUGAAGGAGUGAUAAAGUAGAGGUCAAAUCAAACAAACACUUUAUUUGUCACGUGCGCCGAAUACAACAAGUGUAGACUUUACCGUGAAAUGGUAAACCCACAAGCCCUUAACUCUUCUUGAACUGUAGUGUUGGUUAAGAAAAUAUUUAAUAAUAAAAAGUAACACAAUAAGAAUAACAAUAACGAGGCUAUAUACAGGAGGCACCGGUACAGAGUCAAUGUGGAGGCUAUAUACAGGGGGUACCGGUACCGAGUCAGUGUGGAGGCUAUAUGCAGGGGGCACUGGUACCGAGUCAG